AUGGCACCUGGUCGUCGGGUAGAUGGGCUCUUGAGUCACAACAGACCCGUUGGCUCCAACUCGCGAUUUGACUCGAACCAAGAAAAAGAAAUCAUCCACAGGUAUAACUCAGAAGAGGCAUGCAAACGCCUUGAGAAGCACGGCUACCAUCAUUUGGUAACCAGCAAAUCAAUCCGUGAGGUCCUUGAUGACUUCAAUACCAAGGUCAAGGAGAAUGAGAAGCGAGCGGCUUCUCGGGAUGAAUUCCUCAAGGUUCACAAGGGCAAGCCUACCCAUUUUCAAGGCACCUACGUCCACUCUCGAGAAUUGUUGAUCGACACCACUGGCCUCGACCUGACCAACACCUCUGAUAUUGGCACCUCGAGCCUCUUUGGAAUUGUUGACAGCGAGCAAACCUACGGUCUGAUUUUCGGAAAGAUGGUUGCAUCUCAAGGCCUCAAGGUACUUGAGUCAUUCUCCAAGGCAUCUCCCCUUGCGUGGGCCAAGCUGUCAAAGGGUAUGGCCGUUUGGGACUUUGUUACUGCGAGCUACCAUGAAACUCCUACUGGAUCCGCCGUAUUCCUUUGUGUAAACCCCGAAGGUACGCAGCGUGAGUUUAACGGUGGCACCGGGCGCUUGUCCCAGCUCCGACUUGAGGAGCAUCAAUCCCGCAUCAAUAUCCGCAAUCUCGUACUUUUCAUCCAAGACAAGUGCGGUCUCAAGUCGCCAUACGGUUACGAUGCCGAACGCGACGAGAAAGAAGAAGAACAGAUCUUGCAUAUCCUUGAAAACUAUGGCUAUCCCAUGAACAUCGUCAAGCUCGCGCAGUCGAUCCCAAUUCAAGAGGAACUCAUGGACGCUUUCAAGCAGUUCGUCGACCCAGCACCCGAACAGGACUUCAAUAUGUCCAAGCAGGUUGCUCUGGGCCAGACGAUGCAUCUCCUGUUUGCGAUUGCCAGACGCAGCCAGCUCAUCGAAGUACUGCACUUUCACAAGACACCUCUUCUUGACCGCCGAUUGCUGGCCAUCAUCCUUCGAGCAUGCCCUCGUGUUAGGAUGGUCGGCAUCUACGAGUGCCCUUUGCUGCACCUGGGAGACGUCAACUUCCUUCUUGAUCUCAUCCAUGAAGUCAACAUGGAACGAGAUGAGAAAAACCUUGGCCGGAUCGAUUCGCUUGACUUCUACCCUCGCUAUCACGCAGGCAUGCCUUACAAGUAUGAAGGCGAGUUUGAGACUUACGGAUAUACUUGGAAAGGUGGGAAUAACGAGGUGUUCCAACGAGGUGUUCUCUCAAUCGUGAUGCUUGCCGUCCUCAAGUCCCGCAAAAUGAAAAUCGGGCUCCUGAUGGACCAGGAUGCAGCAUUCAUGACGUUCUUGAGCAACAUACCCAUGGUUCCCGGCAAAGUCUUCGCCUUUCUGGACGGCCUUUAUCGUCUUCUCGAUUUGAAGGCCGCCAAGUCCGAGGACGUGAAUGCUAUCAAGCAAGCCACGUAUGACUUGCUCAAAGCCGUCAGAAGUGGUCUCGAGUCGCUCAAACGCGACUAUUCAAAGUACUACGUCGUGGAAAUGGGUAAAAAGUUCUUUUUCUGCUCCUCGUGUGGCUACGAAUUCUUGCCCGAAUUCUUUGGCUAUACCACUCCGCUUGACAGUCGACCCGAAAUGUUGACUUGUGCAGGAUGCAUCUUGCGCGAAAAGUUGGAUAACGAAGAGGAUCACCAGAAAGUCUGGGGGAAGGACAUCAUGUCCGGAUUUUACCCUGACUGGGAGCCUAUGGCAUUCAAUGCCGAUGCUCCUAUCCUUGCUGAUGGACGAGACCUGGUUCGGUUCAAGACCAACAAGGUCGAGCGAGGCCCAACGCCCUCGAUGAUUCUUCUACCAGACGGGGAAUUCCAUCAGCCCAGUUACGAGAUUGAGCUCGUCCGUGACCGAAAGCGUCACUGUGACAGUGUACAGGGGUUGCCCAGUCUGAUUACUCUCUUGAAGGCGCGUGGACUUCGACAAAAGGCUCGAGAUGCGGCAUUGGUUGCCGACAUGGAGAGAUCCCUAGUACUCUACCUGAGGGCUUUUCCUCACCCGCGAGUUCGUAUGGCGCCGGCUCUGGUUCGUAUGGCCAACGCGAUUGGUAUUCCCAACCACUUUGAUGAGCACCAAGGCGCUCAACUUGUUCGCAACCGUGGCGGUGUCAAACCCACCCACACUUUCAGCGCUGCGGUUGAGAUGUACCGCACGCUGGACGAGCCGCACAAGGACACAUUCGGGCCUUACGAGCAUCCAGGUGACGACAUCUUCACAGCUCACUGCAAAGUGAAGGAGGGAUUCUGGUAA